GAAGCCCUGUGCGAGGCCGAGGGAUGAUGAGGGGGUGGGGCUUUAGGAAACAUCCAGCAGAGGUGCUCGAUGACCUUUGCCAGAAGAAUGGAUGGGGAAGUCCUGUAUACCAGCUUCAUUCUCCCAUGGGAAGGGAUGGAAGUGGUGCCCAACAGAUCUUUUUGUACAAGAUCACCACACCAGCUCUCGGUACUCAGUUUCCAAAUCGUAACCCAUUUACCCCAAAUAAACUGUGUUCUACUGUUGAGGGGGCAAAGGUUUUUGCAGCAGAGUACACUUUGGUGCAGUUAGGUGUGCCUCUUGAAGCCCUAGAGUACAUUAGCCUACCAUGUCCUUACACCCAGCCGAGCUAUGCCAACCACCCCGACCCACCUGUGGAACGCUUCCAACAGAUCGUGUGAAAAGCCAUGGAUGACCUACUGGUAGUUGUCGUUUUCUCUUCGAUGGUCAUUUGACAAUCUCUACUAAUAGAGCCAGACAUUUUGACACCUGCUUUGACCGUUCUUUUCAAAGUCAAAUUAGUUGUUCAGUGCACCCAUUUAUCAUUUAUUUUCAAUAUCAUUUUUAUCAUUUACACGUAUGGGCUCUGUUAGGUUCCCCAUAGCAAGUACUGCAAGUUUAUGUUUCGGUAUAUCCUUUCGUAUUUCAGAUUUUUGAUAGAAAAGAAUAAAACAUUGAAAAAUGAAUUUUUUAAUAUAACCUGGUAGUUGUCGUUUUCUCCUUCAUGGUCAUUUGGUUGUCUUGUGUAUAUGUGUGUUAAGAUUAGUGGAUAAAGAAUAAUUGAAUUUAACCGUUUAAGAAAUGGCUGUUACAUAUCUUUCUAAAAUAUGUGGAUGUUGGUGAAAAUACAGAACAUUUGACGUUUGUGUUGGAAAAUCAUUGUUGUAUUUUG